AAAGUCUCUCUAGCAAUGGACAUCAGGCGGUUCUUUGCACCCACGACUUCCAAACCUGCAGUGCAAAAAACAGCCCCCAACGGUAAAAAUAACGUUAAGUCAGAUGACAAGAAGAGGACGACCACCUUGUCUUCAGACGAGGAUGUCAAUAUUCAAAAAAAGACAAAGGUUACUGUUUCCAAAUCAGGAGAGAAGCGUAAAGAUGUUGAGAAAAAACGCAAGAAACGUGCAGUAAUAGAGUCAGACUCCGAAGAGGAGAAGGUUGUGAAGUCAAAGAAGUCUCCUAAAGUGAAGCUGAAGGAAGAGGAGCCUCUGAAAAAGGAUCCAGUUCAGUAUGUCUCAGAAACAGAUUCAGACAGUGACAACUUUCAAACCUUGAAAAGGGCAUCUAAAGCUAAACAGAAUGGCAGUGGAAAGACAGAAAAGACAGAAGAUAAAAAGCCCAAAGAGAGCAGCAAAUCUCCUGUAAAGUCUUCAACUCAAGGGAAAACUGUGUUAAAGUCUCCUGUCACCCCUAAAAUAGCUCCACCUCCUAAACCUAAACAAACCCCGACUUCAGUCUUUGACUAUUUUGGCAGCGCGUCCAUUCAGCGCUCAGAUAAGAAGCUCGUAGCAAGUACCAAGCGAAAGGCUCCUAUUGAAGAUGCAGACGAUCUCAGUGAUGAGCAAAUUGCUAGACAACUGCAGAUGGAGGAGGACAUGGAGCUGGAAAAGCAGGUCCAUGAAGAUGAAGAGUUUGCCAGAACCCUUGCUAUGUUGGAUGAAGAACCAUUGGCUAAAAAAGCCCGUAAAGGCCCUGAUGAUGUGAGGUCCAAGAAUACCACGGAAUCUGCUUCUGGUUCUAAAAGUACUCCAGUAAAGCGACAGCAGAAAGAAAGCUUGUCAGAGGAUGUCAUUGCUCCAUCGCCAAAGAAAAGCCCUGUCAAAACCAGCUCUAAACUUGCAAUGUUAAAGAAGAAGGAGGAGGAUAAGGAAAUGUCAAAGAAUAAAAUGAUUGUUUCACCCAAAAAAAUAAUCUCUCCUAAAAAAGAGAGUGUUUCUUCAACUCCAGAGAAAAAAUUUACACCCAAAUCAGGAACAGCACUGACUUCUCUACAUAUCUCUCCAAAGAAAGCAGAGAAUACAAGUACAAGUCCUGAAGACUCAGAGAAGAAGAAGGGCAAUGCUUCAGCUUACAGGAACUACCUUAACCGUGAUGGUCCAAGGGCUCUAGGCUCCAAAGAAAUCCCACAGGGAGCUGAGAAUUGCCUGGAAGGUUUUGUGUUUGUGAUAACAGGAGUAUUAGAGUCCAUGGAGAGGGACGAUGCCAAAUCACUUAUUGAGCGUUAUGGUGGGAAGGUGACAGGCAAUGUUAGCAAAAAGACCAACUACCUGGUCCAAGGGCGGGACAGCGGUGUCUCAAAGCUUGAAAAGGCUGAAAGCUUUGGUACCAAGAUUUUGGAUGAAGAUGGUCUGUUCGAGCUCAUUAGGACAAAGCCUGGGAAAAAGUCAAAGUAUGAAAUUGCUGCAGAGACAGAGGCUAAAGCCUCAAAGAAUGGAACUCCAUCUACUCAAGCAAAGAGAACUCCCAAAUCCCAGAAGAUCUCUCCCUCGAAAGGCAACUCCAGAUCUCCUCAAACUCCCAGUCCUUCUAAAACCAGCCUCUCCCAGGCCCAUAGUGCUCGGGUGGGUCUAUCAGGCACUCCCUCUGGGAGAGGUUCUGGACAGACUGCCCGGAGAGGCCUGGGUCUUUCAUCAUCCUCUUCUAAAGAUCCUUCAUCGCCAACAAUAUCAGGCGAAGGAGCCAGUUUGCUCUGGGUAGACAAGUAUCGGCCACGAUCUCUCAAAGCAGUCAUCGGUCAACAGGGUGAUCAGAGCUGUGCAAAUAAACUUAUGCGCUGGCUGAAAAACUGGCACAAAAACCACAGUGGUGGCUCAUCCAAGCCGGCAGUUGCAAAGUUUGGUAAAUUUGGAGGAGGAAAAGACGAUGGCUCUUCAUUUAAAGCAGCUCUUCUUUCUGGACCUCCUGGAGUGGGGAAGACGACUACAGCCGUACUGGUUUGUGAGGAACUGGGCUACAGCUAUGUGGAGAUGAAUGCCAGCUGUACUCGUAGCAAAAACAGCCUGAAGGAAGUUGUUGCAGAGUCACUCAAUAACACAAGCAUUGAAAACUUCUAUAAGGGCACAUCUCUAAAAGUAAGCAGUAAACAUGUCCUCAUUAUGGACGAGAUCGAUGGCAUGGCGGGAAAUGAAGACCGAGGGGGCAUACAGGAAAUGAUUGGCCUAAUCAAAACAUCAAAGGUUCCUAUCAUUUGUAUGUGUAAUGAUCGCAACCAUCAGAAGAUUCGGUCUCUUGCCAACUACUGUUUUGACCUGCGUUUCCAAAGACCUCGAGUGGAACAGAUAAAGGGGGCCAUGAUGUCCAUAGCUUUCAAAGAGGGGAUCAAAAUCCCUCCCCCGGCUCUCAACGAAAUUAUUCUUGCAUCGAACCAGGAUGUCCGACAGGUGCUCCACAACCUGAGCAUGUGGUCUGCCAAAGACAAAGUGAUGACUUACGACCAGUGCAAAUCUGAUGCAGCCAAUGCCCGAAAAGACAUGAAGCUGGGUCCAUUUGAUGUUUGCAGAAAAGUGUUUGUCUCUGGGGAGGAGACGGCUCAUAUGAGCUUAAUUGACAAGUCUGAUCUCUUCUUCCAUGACUACUCACUAGCGCCACUCUUUGUUCAGGAGAACUACCUCCAUGUGCGCCCUGCAGCAGCAGCUGGUGAUCUCAAAUCUCACUUGAUGUUGAUCAGUAAAACGGCUGACUCCAUCUGUGAUGGAGACAUUGUUGACAGGAUGAUACGUUCUCGUCAGAAUUGGUCACUAUUGCCCACGCAGGCCAUAUAUGCCAGUGUGUUACCGGGAGAACUUAUGCGUGGUUACAUGAGUCAGUUCCCCACUUUUCCCAGCUGGCUUGGCAAAAACUCAUCUACCAGUAAACAUUCUCGCAUAGUGCAGGAGCUUUCUUCUCACAUGAGCUUAAAGACGCACUGCAGCAGACAGGCCGUGAACCUGGACUACCUUCACUACUUACGAAAGGCACUUUUGAACCCCCUUCAGAGGUACGGGGCGGAGGGGGCAGGACAGGCUGUGCAGCUCCUGGAUGAUUACCAGCUCGUCAGGGAAGACGUGGACAGCAUGAUGGAGAUCAGUGUCUGGGGCAGUCAGCCUGAUCCCUACUCCAAACUUGACUCAAAGGUGAAGGCGUCUUUUACUCGUGCAUACAACAAAGAGGUCCACCUCACUCCAUACUCCUUACAAGUGGUUAAGAAAGGCCGUCGUGGAGGAGGUGGAGGUGAAAUGGAGCUAGGAGAGGACAUGGAUACUGAAGUUCGAGAGUCAGAAGAUGAGGGAGAAAACCUCCAAACAGAUGCCAUGAUCAAACAAAAGAAGGCAAAAGCCACAAAGGACACUAAAAAAGAGAAGACUGAAGUCUCUGGUAAAGGCAAAGGAAGAGGGAAGGGCAAGGUUAAAAAAUAACCUUUUGAAAGAGACUUGAAUCUACGGUUACUUCCUUUUGCACUUCCAACAAUAUCCAAUUAGUGGUGAUGCCAUAUUAACACCUGCCCCAUCUGUACUUAAUGGCAUCAUAUCUUCUGCAAUGCGAGUGGUGUUUUUAUACUUCUAUUUCACUGUCUGAAUGGAACGAAUAAUGAUCCUUCCACCGCUUAUCAUGUCUACACGUCAUGUACACAUUUUAGGAGUGAGUGGAGUGUAGAAGAGGCUGUAAAUAAUGUGACAAUGCCAUAAAGGACUGUUAGCUUUUACUUAAAAUAGCAGCAGCUGUAGAUUUGUUCUUUAGCACUGAUCACAAUUUGUAAAUGAAA